AUGCAAAAGGCGUCGAGAGGUCCUUUCCUCCAUCGCCUAUACCAUUUUGAAACAAAAGACGAUAUCCUGAGUCUCAUCGGCGGCAAGUCGCCUGUUACGAGAAGAGGAAACAAUGGGAGUCUAUAUUUGUUUUCGUGUUCAGGUUAUUGCCGUUUUUGUCCACCUCUUGCUUUGUUGACAUCGCCUUGGAUGCCGGCUCGAUGGCAAAGAUUUGAAAAACUUGUAUGCGAGGGAAGAAAAUUGGCUUCAUCAAAGUUGAUGUGA